AUUUUCUACUCAUCAAACCCGACUCAUGCACUGCGCGACACUGCUGAGCUACUCGCAGGCGCCCUCCAUAAUGACCGCAGGUUGACGUUCAAUUUACUGAGAGAAGAUGGAUGGAUGAUGGGACUGAAUCAUCGGCCCUUAUUCUGGGUACCACCUGCUUCUCGAAACCCAUUUUAUGAUCCUCGGACCGCAUUAGUAAUUCCCAGAGGUGGUGUUGAGCUUGAUUUGAGUCGUAUGGCACAUGGGACACGCUGGCAGCACUGCUACAAGGAGUGA